CGAGUUUCUCCUCGCGAGAGGCUUCGUUCUCAUGUUAGCUGCGGGGGUCGGAGGUCAGAGCGAGCGUCUCGCGGGCCGUAGGAGGAAGAUGGCGGUGGAGUCGCGCGUUACUCAGGAGGAAAUUAAGAAGGAGCCGGAAAAGCCGAUCGAUCGGGAGAAGACAUGCCCGCUGCUGCUGCGUGUGUUCACCACCAAUAACGGCCGCCACCACCGAAUGGACGAGUUCUCCCGCGGAAACGUGCCGUCCAGCGAGCUGCAGAUCUACACUUGGAUGGAUGCAACCUUGAAAGAACUGACUAGUUUAGUAAAAGAAGUCUACCCAGAAGCUAGAAAGAAGGGCACACACUUCAAUUUUGCAAUUGUUUUUACGGAUCUUAAAAGACCUGGCUAUCGAGUAAAGGAGAUUGGCAGCACCAUGUCUGGGAGAAAGGGGACUGACGAUUCCAUGACCCUGCAGUCGCAGAAGUUCCAAAUAGGAGAUUAUUUGGACAUAGCAAUUACCCCUCCAAAUCGGGCACCACCUCCUUCAGGGCGCAUGAGACCAUAUUAAAUUUUAUUUACUAUUUCUUGAAUUUAUUUUUCAUUCAGUUAUGUAAAAUAAACUUAUGCUUUUUUCUUCCCCUCAUUGUUGCCAUUAAGCCUUUAAACAAAUUGUAAUGCAUCUAUUUAGGAGUUAGAUUUGGCUGUGCUAUGGUAUGAAAAUUAAUAGAAAGUCCAUAUGUUUCAAGUCCUUCUGUAAAAUAUGAAGAAAAGUGCUCUUAGCCUUCUAUGUAAAACUGUAUUGUUAAAUAUAUGUGUGCAAUUCACCUGAGUGUCAAAAUUAACGGAUGCAUGGGAACAGGGUUUCAUUUAGUAUUUGGGGUAGCUGAGUAGUGGAGGAUGGUAUGUUUAAGCCCAAAUGGGGCAGAACAAGAAAGCCAUGGGGAUUAUAUUAACUAGAGUUCGUGACCCCAACGAUUGUAUGCAGUUAGAAAAAGGACCUGUAUGAGUGAGGUAGCGUGGCAGCAGAGGCAUUUUAGAAUACUGUGAGCCAAGGCAGGUUGAAGAAGCUGUCUGUUUGAAGAGAUUGGCCUGCCUGAAUCAAAGUGCAGUGACAUAAAAAGAGAAGAGGAGAACUGCUGCCACAGGGAGGGCUUUUUAGGUUUCAAAAAUGGAGAGAACAUGGCAUCUUGAGGACAGGAAGCAGUAUAGAGGAAACAAGGGUUAGAACUUAGGGUGAGGGUGGAAAGUUGACCUUGAAGAAGAUCUGAAAAUGGAGGGAGGGACGAAAGAGGAACUUAAGACCAAGGGAGAAGAGCCUGGGAUGAGGUCAAGGUGAGUCAGUAGGGGAUAUGCACCCCUCCCGUUAAGUGCAGGGUCUGGUUUGUAUCUGACAUCUGAUUUGAGAGGCAGUAUGCGUAGCGGUUAAAACCAGUUAGGCCAAACGUUGAAAUCCGGUUGCACCUGUAUCUCUUCAACCAUGGACAAGUUACUUGAAUCUGUUUGUUUUUUUAAUUUGUAAAAUGGAGAUAGCAGUCCUUAGGAUUGUGAGGAUUAAAUAUUUGCAAAGGGCUUAGAAUAGUGCCUGACGUGUAAGAAACAAAUGUUAGCUAUUAGCCGUAAAGUGGAGUUCAGUCAAAACUGGGACCAUAUCUUGCGUGGCACUAUUACAUUCUCAUUUUGAAGUUUGUAGAGUAUGACAGUAUGUGAUAGACCUAAUUACCUUUAGUCUAUUACAGUAGAAAAUUAAAAAUGUGUAUUCCAAAAUGUAAUAAUAUGUAUGUUCUAGCAGUGAUUUUCAAAGCAAAAUUGCAGUUUUAUCUUACAAAAGUAGCCUUUUAAAAUCUAAAAUGAUUCUGUGGAAUUGGGUCCCUGUUGCAAAGUCAGUCAGCAGGUGGCAGAGACAAGCCUGGAAUCUCGCCUAGUGCCUCGUACCCUGUGGUUUACUCCAAACCCUUAGAUUCUUUAUUCAUUCAGACUAGAUAAACUUGAGUUCUUUAAGUCUUAAAAUUAAUUUAUACCUAAUAUUUUAGAGAAGAGGAGCCAUGAUUACCUUCCUAUUUGUGGGAAAGUAAUUGAUUUACUAUGCAGAUCAAGAAGGCAGGAACUAAAUACAGGACCUUCGUAGGCCAAUUUUUCAUAAUGGUGUGAACUCAUACAGUGAGGGCUCUCCUGUAAUUCCAGGUUAUUCUCCUAGUUGAAAUAAAGUGGUUUAUUUGCUUGGUUCCAACCUGGAACUUUUCCUUUUAAAGAUUUCAGUCUUCCACCAAAAGUACAGUUAAAGAAUACCUAGUGAAUUUAUUACUGAAUAUAAUGUUAAGAAUCAAAAGACUUAUACUUGGUCCUUAUUUACCUCUGACUUUGGGAAGUAUGGCUUUGGAGUAACUGAGCUGUCUCCUCAAAUAUAAAAUAGAAAUAAAUGGUUACCACGCUCA